AUGUCCGCCCCCGCCUCCAACUACAAGGUUGCCGAUAUCGGUCUUGCUGCUUUUGGUCGAAAGGAGAUCGAGCUCGCCGAGAACGAAAUGCCCGGUCUGAUGCAGACUCGAGAGAAGUAUGCUGCUGUCCAGCCUCUUAAGGGCGCCCGAAUCGCCGGAUGUCUGCACAUGACCAUUCAGACCGCCGUUCUGAUUGAGACUCUGGUUGCUCUUGGAGCCGAGGUGACCUGGUCUUCCUGCAACAUUUUCUCCACCCAGGACCAUGCCGCUGCCGCCAUUGCCGCCGCCGGCGUUCCCGUCUUUGCCUGGAAGGGCGAGACCGAGGAGGAGUACAACUGGUGCAUUGAGCAGCAGCUCAAGGCCUUCAAGGACGGCAAGAAGCUCAACAUGAUUCUUGACGACGGUGGAGAUCUGACCACUCUGGUUCACGAGAAGUACCCCGAGCAGCUCGAUGACUGUUUCGGUCUGUCCGAGGAGACCACCACCGGUGUCCACCAUCUCUACCGAAUGAUGAAGGAGGGCAAGCUCAAGGUCCCCGCCAUCAACGUCAACGACUCUGUCACCAAGUCCAAGUUUGAUAACCUGUACGGAUGCCGAGAGUCUCUGAUCGACGGUAUCAAGCGAGCCACCGAUGUUAUGAUUGCCGGUAAGACCGCUGUUGUCGCCGGAUUCGGAGAUGUCGGAAAGGGCUGCGCCCAGGCUCUUCAGUCUUUCGGUGCCCGAGUCAUUGUUACCGAGAUUGACCCCAUCAACGCCCUCCAGGCCUCUGUUUCUGGCUACCAGGUUCUCCCCAUGGAGGAGGCCUGCAAGGUCGGUCAGAUCUUCGUCACCACCACCGGUUGCCGAGACAUUAUCACUGGCGAGCACUUCUCCCAGAUGCCUAACGACGCCAUUGUGUGCAACAUUGGUCAUUUCGAUAUCGAGAUUGACGUUGCCUGGCUCAAGGCCAACGCCAAGAACGUGGUCAACAUCAAGCCCCAGGUCGACCGAUUUGAGAUGCCCUCCGGCCGACACGUGAUCCUCCUUGCUGAGGGCCGACUGGUCAACCUUGGCUGUGCCACCGGUCACUCCUCUUUCGUCAUGUCCUGUUCUUUCACUAACCAGGUUCUGGCCCAGAUUGCUCUGUUCAACGCCAAGAAUGACGAGUUCCGAAAGAAGCACGUUGAGUUUGCCAAGUCCGGUCCCUUUGAGGUCGGCGUCCACGUGCUGCCCAAGAUUCUCGACGAGGAGGUUGCCCGACUUCAUCUCGACCACCUUGGCGUCAAGCUGUCCAAGCUGUCCGACGUUCAGGCCGAGUACCUGGGAAUUGCCCAGGAGGGUCCCUACAAGGCCGACAUUUACCGAUACUAA